CAACGCGGCCUAGCCCCGCCCGCCGCUGUCAGCCUCGGCUCUGCCGCUUCCGGCUGCUCACCAGCGCCUCAUCUUUGCUCACCAGGGCCCGUCCACCGGCGGCUGGAAGGUUUAAACAGCAGAAUACAUUGUGCAGAUACCAUGAAGGCUAUUAUUCUCGCUGCUGGCUAUGGCACAAGGUUGAAUCGUGAUCUACAAAAUGAUAAGAGUGGAGAUUUCAAGCAUCUUCAUGGUAUCCCUAAGCCCCUUCUACCAGUAGGACAUCAGCCACUUAUCAGUCAUUGGAUGACAACAAUAAACAAGAUUGAUUCGAUUGAUGUAGUUUAUGUUAUCACAAAUGAUCUCUAUUAUGGACAUUUUGAAGAUUGGGCAAAGGAGUUCCAACAAGUUAAAGUUGUAAACGAUGGAACAAGAAGCAAUGAGGAACGUUUGGGUGCGAUUGCUUGUCUUCAGCUGGUCAUUACUCAAUUUAACAUCAUAGAUCAUAUAUUGGUCUUAGGCGGAGAUACAUUGUUCUACGAGGACUUCAGUCUUUCGGAUAUCCUUGCAAAAUUUGAUGAGCUGCAGAAUAUUAACUGCGAAAGCAAUUUAGUUUUAUCAUACCUAUGCAAAGAUGAAGAAACAGGAAAGGUUGGCAUUUUAGAAAUAAAUGAAAAGUUCCAGGUUACUGGAUUUAAAGAAAAACCCCAUUCCACAGAAACGACAUCUCGCAGAGCAUGCCCGUGCUUUUACAUAUAUUCGAAAAGUACAGUUCCAUUAAUUGAAAAAUUUCUUCAAGACAAACAGAAUUCACCAUUGGAAGAAAGAGAUGCACCUGGAAAUUUUUUACUUUGGGUCCACUCAAGGAAACCAGUGUUCAUCCAUCAGAUAUGUGGCCGAUUUGAUGUUGGAAAUCUCCCAAUGUACACUGAAUGUACAAAAUAUUUCCAGAAGUCCUGCAAUACGUAAUCUGAUUGGAAACCUGUUAGUCAUUAUAGUGAAGCUUAAAAAAAAAAAUUGGUAACCAUUUCUUGAUAGAUUUCUUUUUAACAGGCCUCGAGAGUAAAAACAAAGAAAUGGUCUGGCACCAUAUUUUUAAUAAAACCUUCAGACUUCGCACAUUCCAAGUAAUUAAAAAAAAAUAUGAAGUAUUAUUGUUGCUUUGAGCAAAUACAAACCAGAAAUGCAGUUAUAAUCCUCUCAUUUUAGUUAGAUUGAAAAUGGUGUAUUUCAUUUUCAGACGAUUAGUGGUAGAAAGUUAAAUAAUGGGAUAUCCUUAGCUAUUAAAAUAAUAUUUGUAUAACAUUUAUGAAGCAAAAUUCCAUAAUCCUUAUUCUUUUUGAACGAUGCAACCGUAAGGUGUUUGUAAAUGACAUCAAUCACUUGUAUGGCAAUUGGCAUCAAGUAGUAUAUUGCUCAGGACGAAACAUUAAACUAGUGUUAACCUGCUUUAUUUCAAAUGGUCUUCCUCGGAGAUUUUGUAAUAUGCAUAAGGUUAUAGCAACAAUAUUUUUUUUCAAUUUGCUUUGAAAUUGUUACUUAUUGCUGAUAUUAUUUUAGAACAGGUUACAUUAUUUACAAAGUAAUUUGAAAUGAAAAUCAGAAUAUUUAUUUGCAAAUUCUUUAAGUGGAAUUGACUGGAAAAUCUCUAGAUUUGAGAUGUCGACAUAAUUUAAACUAUUUUUGAUAUCAUAACCAUAACAUCUAAAAUAACUGCUUCACAAUUCUUAGCUUUGUUUUAUUAAAAUGAAACACUUUAUCAUUACAUUGAGAACUGUAAUAGGUAUGUCUGUAGUUUGCAAUGUUUAAUAUAUUUGUGCCAGUCUGGCAGGUGCCAGAUCUCAUGUAAUUUUUUAGAUCAAAUAAAAUGGUACAAUAUUUAUGCUCUGCUUUCUUACCUUUUAGUAUCCAUGUGAAAUUAAAGGAAACUAAUAGAUGCAAAACAA